CAAAAUUUGAUUUAUUGAUGACCUUCGUAGCUUCUGUUGCCGACAAACUUGCUCAAAACGCCAACGAACAAGUGAUGAGUUUCAUCAAUUAUAGGCCUACAGAACAAACAUUGAAAGAUGUCCUCAACUUUAAGAAAUCAAUGGGAUGAAGGAAGACGCUCGCUGAUGGAUUGGAAUGAAUCCAGUUACAAUCUACACUUGGAUUUAUACAACUUUGAGAGUGUAGACGCUGACGGUAGUCCGUACAUCCUAACCAGUCCAAGAUCUCUGGAGGCAUGCACUCAUCUCGGUGUUCAGCCUAUUGAAUUACUACACAAGGACCUGAUGAAGUUUGAAGAAGAAUGUCUCCUGACGGGUCAACCAUUGAGUAAUGCCAAGAUGCUCUACAAUCUACACGAACAACAACGAUUAAGAAACCUCAAAGAGUGUCGACGUCUGAGGGAAGGGAUAAUCAUCGAAAAAGAAAAUGAAGACAAUGCAAAUAAUUCCACUCCCAGACUUACCAAGAGUAGGCCUCAUUCCAUCAAUCAAUCCAAGAAGCUCGACCAGGGUUAUUCCAGGACAACUCAUCCAAAAGAUUUUGAAAUAGGUCAGGGUGAUAGCUUAAACAUCAGCUCAAUCAAACGCCAGAGUUCAACAAACUCCACCAUCAACCGAUCCAAAUCACCGUCCUCACUUGAUGUUACAUCAAGACUGCCGUCCCAUGAAUCUACAAACUCACACGUCACCUCCUCAGGCAAGCAGUCGAGAUCCACUCCGUCCAAAAACCAGAGACCCAUUCCAUGUACGUCCAAUGCGAUCUCAUCCCUCGCUAGGUCAAGGGUCAGGGUUCAAGAGAGGCCACAGUCAUCCUGCUCAUCAAGAAACUCGGAGAAGAGUAGAAUGUCUACAGCCAGUAUUCUCUCUAAUCAGGAUCAGAAAAUCUUGGACCUUUUAGAAAGGAAAUAUAAAGAUGACAAACUUCUUGAGGAGACGAGACAAGAAGUGAGACUUGCUUGGGAUGAGCAGAGGCAGAUCGAGGAGAGGUCAAAGGUCAACAAUGAGAUGCUGCGGAGAAAGAACCUGGCUGAUUCAAACUGGAUCAGGCAGAAAAAGAAGGAACAGCAGAAGAAGCAAAGACGUCAUGAGAAGAAGCAAGAAAUCCUAGACGCUGAGAUGGAGAUUAAGCAUCAAGACAUUCAUCAUGAGAGAUUAGUCAAGGAGCAGCAAUCAUUGCUGCAUCAUCAGUUGAGGCAGAAGAAAUUCAAUGAGAUGGAGAAGAAGAAGAGACAAGAGAGAGCUCUAAGGAGACGAGAAGAAGAUGAGGAGGAGUAUCGUCACUCUGUAUCUCAACAUAUUGCCGUCAGUCUUGAGAAAGCUCAACAGCUUAGAGACAAGAAAGACCACCAACAGGUCAAGGAACAAAAGCAGAGGCAAAGGCAGACAAAAUUACGUCAUUCAUCGAUGACAACCUCUCUAGAUAAAUAUAAUGAGUAAGUAUUAGACUCUUAAGUCAGUGACACAAUACAUAUAAAACACGUCCAAUCUCGACGCAACCUGGAAAACCAACAAUGGCUUCGUCAACAUGAGAUCAAAGUCAACAGAAAGAAGGAGGAGAAGUUGCAAGAGAAGAGCAGUCAGUUACGUCAGAGCAAUGACGAGGAUAUCCGCCAAUGGCAGAAUCAUUUACAGUAUCAUUCAUUAAUGUCUCAGCAGAGAGCUGUCCAACAGGCUAAUGAAACCAUCCAAUCUAAGGCCAGUAAAGCCAGACUGGCAAGACGAUCUCGCGAACUCACCCACAAGGAACUCAUUAAAAGGGUUGAAGAGGAUGAUGCGAUAUUUAAAGAAACCAUUAAGGAGGAUUUAGCCUACAAGGAAAUGAAGAGUCAAUCACUGGCCGCUCAGAAGGAAGAUGCCGUGAUGAGAUCUAGAGUGGCUGCUAGGGAGUCGGCCAAGAUGAGAGACCAGAUUAGGGAGAAGUACACAGGGACUUUUGAUAAGAUGGUUGAGAGAGCACGUCACCAAGCAACUGUAGGAAGAGGACCUCAGAUGUCUACCAAGAACUACUCCUCAUUCACACUCACCUAAACAAGAAGGAGCAUCUUCAAGAAUUGAAAUCUGCAUCUUCAAGGAAGGUCUCAACUUGGUGAAUCUUUCAACGCUGCUCAGCAAGCAAAUUUGUUAUAACUACCUGGAUUCCUUGACCAAACAGAACUUUGAAUGGACGCUUUUUGGACGCUAGGUGCGGCAGACUUAUCAUUGUUCAAGGUAAUAUGUGCACACUCAGAACUACGCAAGUAAAGGAAUUUUAGCUGGUAAGUCUGCUGCCACCUAGUGUUUUAAAGUCUCCCAUUGAUACCACCUUGAGAGAUAUAAGAUGUUGGGCAAGAUGAUAUAAAGACUUCAUCCUGCAGUGGUUAAAGGCAGUGGACACUAGUGGUAAUUGAUCAAAAUAUUUGUUAGCACAAAACCUUACUUGGUAA